AUGAGGUCCAUUCUUGGCUUUGACUUUAUUUCUUGGAUUAAAUGGAAUGAACAGUGCAUGUGGAAAUAUCUGAUUGGACAUCAGGCUUUUGAUGCUAAAAAAAUACUUGACCUUUCUCUUUCAGCUGUCCCUUUUCCUCCAAGUCACCGGCUCACAGCAAAGGAAGUGUUUGAUAAUGAUGGGAAACCUCGCGUGGAUAUCUUAAAGGCACAUCUCAUGAAGGAGGGACGGCUGGAAGAAAGUGUUGCUUUGAGAAUAAUAACAGAGGGUGCUUCAAUUCUUCGACAGGAAAAAAAUUUACUGGACAUCGAUGCUCCAGUCACAGUUUGUGGGGACAUCCAUGGACAAUUCUUUGACUUGAUGAAACUCUUUGAAGUGGGAGGCUCUCCAGCCAACACACGAUAUCUCUUCUUAGGGGACUAUGUGGACAGAGGGUACUUCAGUAUUGAAUGUGUGCUGUAUUUAUGGGCCUUGAAAAUCCUUUACCCCAAAACACUGUUUUUACUUCGUGGAAACCAUGAAUGUAGACAUUUAACAGAGUAUUUCACAUUUAAACAAGAAUGUAAAAUAAAGUAUUCAGAAAGAGUAUACGAUGCCUGUAUGGAUGCCUUUGACUGCCUUCCCUUGGCUGCCCUGAUGAACCAACAGUUCCUGUGUGUACAUGGUGGCUUAUCUCCAGAGAUCAACACCUUAGAUGAUAUCAGAAAAUUAGAUCGAUUCAAAGAACCACCGGCAUAUGGACCUAUGUGUGAUAUCCUGUGGUCAGACCCCCUGGAAGACUUUGGAAAUGAGAAGACUCAGGAACAUUUCACUCACAACACAGUCAGGGGCUGUUCAUACUUCUACAGUUACCCUGCUGUAUGUGAAUUCUUACAGCACAAUAACUUGUUAUCCAUACUCCGAGCCCACGAAGCCCAAGAUGCAGGGUAUCGCAUGUAUAGGAAAAGCCAAACAACAGGCUUCCCUUCACUAAUUACAAUCUUUUCUGCACCAAACUAUCUAGAUGUGUACAAUAACAAAGCUGCAGUAUUGAAAUAUGAGAACAAUGUUAUGAACAUCAGACAAUUCAACUGCUCUCCUCAUCCUUACUGGCUUCCAAAUUUCAUGGAUGUCUUUACCUGGUCCUUGCCAUUUGUUGGAGAAAAAGUGACAGAGAUGCUGGUAAAUGUGCUCAACAUCUGUUCGGAUGAUGAGCUAGGGUCAGAAGAAGAUGGAUUUGAUGGAGCCACAGCUGCAGCCCGGAAGGAGGUUAUCAGGAACAAGAUCCGAGCAAUAGGCAAGAUGGCGAGAGUAUUCUCAGUUCUGAGAGAAGAGAGCGAGAGUGUGCUAACACUGAAAGGCUUGACUCCCACGGGGAUGCUUCCCAGCGGGGUGCUCUCUGGAGGAAAACAAACCCUGCAGAGCGCUACUGUUGAGGCUAUUGAGGCUGAUGAAGCUAUCAAAGGAUUUUCACCACAACAUAAGAUCACUAGCUUCGAAGAAGCCAAAGGCUUAGACCGAAUUAAUGAGAGGAUGCCUCCUCGCAGAGAUGCCAUGCCCUCUGAUGCCAACCUUAACUCCAUCAACAAGGCUAUCUCUUCAGAGACUAAUGGCACUGACAGCAAUGGCAGUAAUAGCAGCAAUAUUCAGUGACCAUUUCCCGUUCAC